CGGAGAAAUAGAUGCCGUCGCUCGUGUCGUCGCUGCUAGUGCUGUGGGGCGUCUGGCUGCAUGCCGUGACCGCAUCCAUCUACCCCGUUACAAGCAGCUACUGGGUACCUCCGUUUCAGCGCGCUGAGAAGCUCUUCGCCACAGAUCAGGGCCCGAUCCUCGCUCGCACUGGCAACUCGUCGGUCACGAUCGAUAUCAGCGGCGUGAAUGUGACGCAAGACAUGGCCGGCUGGAGUCUUGUGGUCUUCUUCUACCACGUAGACAACUACGAGGACUUUGAGGCUGUGGCCGGCAAGAUUGAGCUGCUAGCCUGCUCGGACGUUGAAGGUAUGAAGUUCGAUGGUAUGUCAGACGUUCAACGCUUCGUAUUCACGGUAGCGAAUGAGUCCACGCCCACCGUAAGCGCCAAUGUGUCGCACCUCGUGAACUCGAGCGGCUGGACGGACACACAAAUCUUCGUAUGUGCUGAGGACGAGGGCGCAGCCACCGAGACGCUGACGUUUUCAGGGUCCAUGGAGGUUCGUAACCCGUAUGGCCUGCUGCCUGCAGUACUGUACGGUAUGCUUCCGUUCAGCGGCUUCUUGACCGUUGGAUACCUGGUGCUGGAUGUGUUUUUCGUGUUCCUGCUGAUCCGUCACCGUCGCCAACUGCUCUCGCUACACUGGGGUAUCCUUCUCAUUUUAGUGAUGGGAACUGCGGCGUCGGCUGUUUGGCUCUACGCCUUCUACCGGAUGAACAAGACCGGAGAACCUGUGUGCUGCCCCUACCCGACGACGUUCCUGAUUGCCGUGAUUCUGGACACAUUCGUGCGCACGCUGGCGCGUGUUAUCUUGCUGAUUGUAUGCCUUGGCUACGGUAUCGUUCGAAGCCACUUGAGCCGCGUCGAAGCCAGCGUGAUUGCCUUCCUAUCACUGGCGUACUUCGUCUCGGGUAUCGCUGACGAGGUUACGCGCGGAACGUCGAGUGGCGCUGACUUCCGUGAGAAGCCGACGGCCUGGUCGUUCAUUCAGCUGCUGUGCAACCUCGCGUUUAUCAUGUGGAUUCAGUACUCCAUGGAGCGCAUUCUCCGCGACCUGCGAGACCAGAAGCAGUUUGCUAAGCUCAGCAUGUAUCGCUGGCUGGCCUGGUCGCUCGCCGCCUUUAUCGUGUUUUUCACGAUUCUUACAAUCGUUGCCGUCUGUAGUCGACUUGGUGUGUUCGAGUGGGACGUCGAGUGGGAGUGGAUGCAACUCGUGGCUUGGCCUGUGCUGAACUUUACAGUUUCAGCUGCGAUGACUUUGAUCUGGCGGCCAACCCAGAACAGCUCGCAGUUCGCGUACUCCAUGCAGCUGCCGAUGAUUGAGAGCCCGGGGAUCGAGAUGACCCGUAACACGCACGGCUCAUCGUCUGACGAGGACAUCAACCCCGAGAUUGAGUCGGAUUCUGAUGCAGAGAAGCCCAGUCACCACGAGAAGAAACAAAAGAGCUACAGCAAGGAUAGUGACGAUAUGGAAGGAGUCUAGCUGGCUGUGGGCGACUCGAUUUUGUUUUGUGCAGCUGACGUAUAGAUUCGGGUGAAGGAAGACACAGCAAAGAGUCAAAAAUGGAAAAGCGCACUUGUAC